AUAUAAACACUCUUCUCCCAUCCUCUUUAACCAUCCCAACAAAGCAGAAAGCAAAUCACCGCAACAAAGAAAGAAACUCACGAGCAAAAACAUGGCAACUUCAGCAAUCCAACAAUCUGCAUUUGCAGGCCAGACAGCCUUGAAAUCCCAGAAUCAGCUCAUCAGAAAGGUUGGCAACCUCGGAGGUGGCCGCUUCACCAUGAGACGUACUGUUAAAAGUGCUCCCCAGAGCAUUUGGUACGGACCUGACCGCCCCAAGUACUUGGGUCCAUUCUCUGAGCAAACUCCAUCAUACCUCACUGGUGAAUUCCCAGGUGAUUAUGGUUGGGACACAGCUGGACUAUCAGCAGACCCUGAGACAUUUGCCAAGAACCGUGAGCUUGAGGUUAUCCACUGCCGUUGGGCCAUGCUCGGCGCAUUGGGCUGUGUUUUCCCAGAAAUCCUUGCCAAGAAUGGUGUCAAGUUUGGUGAGGCUGUUUGGUUCAAGGCUGGAGCUCAGAUCUUCUCAGAAGGUGGCCUUGACUACCUUGGCAACCCAAAUCUCAUCCAUGCCCAAAGCAUCCUUGCUAUCUGGGCUUGUCAAGUUGUGCUCAUGGGAUUUGUUGAAGGAUACAGAGUUGGUGGGGGCCCACUUGGUGAGGGGCUCGACAAAAUCUACCCUGGAGGAGCCUUCGACCCACUUGGGUUGGCAGAUGAUCCUGAAGCAUUUGCCGAAUUGAAGGUAAAAGAAAUCAAGAAUGGACGACUGGCUAUGUUCUCAAUGUUUGGAUUCUUCGUCCAGGCCAUUGUUACUGGAAAGGGCCCAAUAGAGAACCUCUUUGACCACAUCGCAGAUCCAGUUGCCAACAAUGCAUGGGCAUAUGCCACAAACUUUGUACCUGGGAAAUGAAUUACAUUAGUGUAUACAUCUCAUGCAUAACAAUACCAAAAUGUUUUGUCUAUCUCGAUGAAGUUCUGUGGCUCGUCUGGCAUUGAGCAGAAUUGAUGUAAUGUUUCAUGCAGACACGAAUUUAUCUCUUAACUACCAUGGUUGCAGCGCUUUUUUAA